AUGGAGUCUUCUCCUCCCAUCAGUGAGAGCACUAGCAACAACCACAGCCGUGGCAAGUUGAAACCGAAACUCUCUCCGGACCGGAUCAGCCAGCACUUUUAUGUGCCCUACAAUACCGACAACCUAAACUAUGCCGACCUGGAAUGGGAGCCGUGCGAUACACGCUUCGUUCUUUGGUAUCACCUCACCACGAAUCUCCAAGCCGAUAGUAUUGCCAUUGCAUACAAUGUCACGUUCCCUGACCACCCGAUGGACAUGACGGCCGAAGAUGCAGCAGGCAUUGUCGACAUGUUGGAGGCACGAUUCCCUCUCUUCAAGGAUGAUUUGACUCCACACGGUCACUGGCAGCAGCCCAAGGAUAACGGAUGGGCACCCUGUGAUCAUGGCAUGUAUUGCUCGACAUUGGCUGCUUUGGACCGGAAGGUCUCUGUCAUGCGGAACCCCCAGAUCAGAACAAGGAAUGAUCGAGGACUUGCCGAGAUGGCGACAGCGUUAUGGCAGGGCACAUGGCAGGAGCUUCUGACAUGUCCUAGAGUCCAUAAUAACAAUGACGCGGGGUCAAUGACUAGACUGUCGAGAUCGAGCAAAGAAAACCAUGGCACCGCCUUCUCUGAAGCUGGAGAAGGCCUGACGAGUUCAGGCUGGCAACAGCUGCCCGCUCCAUCUGCCAAGCCGACCUCCUCGAGAUCCAAAGCUCCUUCGCCAGCGGGCAUCUGGGUUGACCCAUCCUGUCGGGGCUCGCGGUCACCCGGUAAGAAAUCAGUCCUUUCUUCGGAAAGAACACGGGCGCCAGGAAAGAAUGCGCUGCCGUCUCUCGAAGAAGCGGGUUCGGCUGGCAUCAGGGUUGACUCGUCUGCGCGGGAUUUGCAGUCAUCUGUCAAAGAACCGGCAGCGUCCUCUGCAAAAUGGCGUGCGGCUGCCCAAAGGGUGCUGCCAUCGAUUGAGAAAUCGACCUCUACUGGGAAAUCGAGUUUUGCCUCCGCAAAGUCGCACCUGUCGGGCACACGCUCGGCAGCCUCGACGAGAAGGAGAAGAUCACCGAUCGCUUCGGAAAGACCAGAUGGCCCGGGUACAGAUCUUGAUGAACCUGAUCGGAUGCCAGAAAGCCGGUUCGCCCAGUGGUUUGUAUUCGUUGGAGAAAUGGACGGCGUCCGGUUCCUCCUGCAGCAGACGCUCAUCAAUGUCGUUUGGAUAUCAGCGCUGGAUCCUUUCUGCAGACUCGUCAUGCACAACUUGAAAGGCUUCACCAGAGAUUCUUCCAUCAUAACACCUGCCCAGAUCCUCUCGCUGAUCUGCACGCUCACCGGCGCGAAUCAUUUCAUAGGCAGCUCACUCAUGAUGAUGCGGCGUGCCGUCUUUUGUCGAUGGGGGAUCCAGAUCCUACCCCCAGAUUUACCAGAUUUGUCUCGCGCUGCAUAUGUAUUCCAUUGGACACUGGCACUGUUCCUAGCGUUCAACAUAUGCGUCGCCGGCGGUCUGCUAAAUCGUGCGCUGGAGCUGAUGCACGAACUUGCAAUGCAUGUUGGACUGGUGGAAGUCUACCCAGCGUGUGAAAGCAACUAG